UUGGAGCGUUGCUCUUGGGCUGGCGUGCGCGUGUUUACUGUUUAUUUUGUAUUGUAUUUUCAGUUCAUCGUUCAUCUGCAUUCAACGGAAAUGGAUAAAAUUAAAUAAUAAUUAAUCCUUGUUCUUUGCUACGUUCGAAGUUGGACAUGCAUGUAUUUCGUAUUUAGGGUAAUCGAAGUGUAAAUGCUGUUUUCAUUAAAAUGAUGACGGCGAACGAUUCCUUCGAUUCCAUCGAUAAUGCUUUCGACGCUUUACUAAAGUCGACUACCUACGGAUCGUCAUCGAAUGCAUUAAUAGGAUAUUUGGAACCGCAGCAAAAUCUCGAGGAAGUGCCACCUGAGCAUCAAUCGUUGAAUGAUACUUCCAUCUCGAUAUUGGAUGUUUCGGGGUUCUGCUCUAAAAAACAAAAAUGGUUAACAUCUUCGCAGAUAGACGAGCACGAUAGUUGCAAAUGUAUAAAGGAGGAAAUUAUUAUCAAUGAAACAAAAAAUAUUCGACUUACAACAACAACAACUAGAAAAUAUAAUUUUCAUUUUUGUGAUUUGGAUGAGAAUGUUAAAUACUGCAAUUCAACGGCGAAAAUCGAUACUUAUAUAGCCAACUCGUGUAAAAGGAGACAAUCUCGAGGUGUCAAAAGUACUAAAAACAAACCAACUUUACAAGUAAAAGUAAAUUUGGGUUUGUGGAAACCUGCGGCAUUGGAAAUUCGUCUUAAAGACCUUUAUGCUUCUAAAAAUUUACUAAGUUACGUGUUACCAGAGCUAAGAUAUCAGAAAGGCACUAUUGUUUGGGUCAAGAUGGCCGGAUAUCCGGCAUGGCCAGCUAUGAUAGACGACGAUCCGGAUUAUCAAACGUAUUAUUGGAUCAUGCAAACGACACCUCAAAAAGUACAAUAUCAUGUGGUUUUUUUCGACGAGCCUCACCUCGUGUCUCGUUAUUGGGCUCCAGAAAAAGAGGUAAAACAUUUUCAUUUUAAACCAUUCAUCAACUUUAACUCGAUGAUAAUAUUCAAAAGAUUCCAAGCUGGAUUGCAGGAAGCCAAGAAAGCAAUCACAAUGAGUAUAGAAGAAAGACUCACUAAGUACAGUUUCGUUGCUAAAGCGAAACAACCCAACGUUUGUUUGGUAGAAAAGUAGAGGUUUCGUUUUUCGCUUUUUUUUUAAACUACGUGUUACCUGUGAAUUUUUAUACGUAAGUUUUGAAGAAAUUUUGCGUUCUUACAUAUCGUGUCAUAUUGAGUUCCUGUGUGCGAUUUCGCUGUUUCUCGUCGGUUUUCUCCUACUAUCGUGUUAUUAAUAUUGUUUUUAAUUUAAAAGAUAACAAUUUUUAUACUCGGAUGCUUGUGCUUUUCGUUUCUUGUCGUAUUGAAAAUCGCAGUCUGAAGUUCCUUUUUUUUUGCUAAGAGAAAAUUCACGAACCAAUGAAUUACUUUCGGUAUUAGUUUUUAAAAUUAAAUAGAAUAUAUGUUUAAUUAUACUUACUAGGAGUAAUGUUCUAUCGUUUUUGAUACGUUAAGUUUUAUAAAUAAAGAUAAUCUCGUUUCUGUUUGAUCGUAUCUAUUCCA